AUGGCAUCCCUAACAUUCAUACUCAUUUUGAUUACACUCUUACUGUUUUUCCUUCCAUUAUCCACUUCACGUACGACAUUGACUUUCCAGGUGGGGAAGACUGCCUCAUUCCAGGUUGACUUUUGUGAAAUCGCCCCCUGUAGUGGAAGACAGGAACAAUGGGAAUGGUUUGACAAAUAUGUCUGUGUGAGCUACCCUUAUUAUGACUCUGAUUCAAGUUUUGAUUCAUCUGACUCUGAAUGUGCCUUCUGGAGUGAUGUGUUUGCAAACACAGGACCAAAUGACUGGGGCUAUAACCCCUGGCAGGCCACACAGUAUGGCCUAAAGACUCGAUUUUCUAUUAUAAAAGGACACGCCCCUCAUGACUGUGCUGAGAACUAUUGUAACCCUUUGAUUAUUACUUUAAAAGAUCCCUCUUUGCAGGAUUCAGGAACUUAUGUUUUAGCUGCGUACGCAAGUGGUUCUGAUCCACUAGGAUUUUUUCAAAUUAAGGUUACUGAUAAUUCCUAUGCUACUAAUACUGGCCAGCUUGCUGGUCAGCUUUCUUCUACCUUUCCUCCUGAUUCACAACAAACUCUUGUAAAAAUAAUGAAUAUUUCUACUCUUUCAUCCACCUUUUCAAUUGAAACUGGAUAUGGUGACCAGAACCGCUGGUUACAGUGGGUUUUAUACUCUGCUAAACAAACUUUCCAAGUUAACUCUACCUCAUUUGAUCCAACAUUAUCCUUUUUUCUAUUAACACAAACCACUCCCCGUGCUGAUAUUUGGUGGAUGUGCCGUACUCCAUUACUAGAUAUCCUUCCCCCUGAGUGGAUCGGCACAUGUGCUUUAGUCCAACUCGUGAUGCCCUUCCGCCUCCUCCCUCUCAAGUCUCCUCGUGUGAUGUCCGCUCCUGACCGACGUCGCAAACCACGCUCAGUCGAUCCUUCCACAUUCUCUUUGCAUGACCCUGGCGUUUACAUUGAUUCCAUUGGUGUUCCUCGCGGAGUCCCUGAUGAAUUUAAAGCCAGAGAUCAAGUUGCUGCUGGAUUUGAGUCGAUUUUUCCCAUAGUUACAAUAAAUAAAAAUGUAGAUUGGAUUAACUAUCUAUAUUAUAACCAACAGCGUUUCCUAAAUUUUACUAAAGAAGCUGUUGAAGGGAUACAUGAGCAGCUUGAUAGAACAUCCCUUAUGACUUGGCAAAAUCGGUUAGCAUUAGAUAUGCUCCUCGCCGAAAAAGGUGGUGUAUGUGCUAUGUUCGGUGAUGCAUGUUGCACUUACAUCCCUAACAAUACAGCUCCAGAUGGAUCAAUUACUCGUGCUUUAGCAGGUUUAACUGCCCUUUCUAAUGAAUUAGCAACCAAUUCUGGCAUUUCUAAUCCAUGGGAUAAAUGGUUCAUGUCUACUUUUGGAUCCUGGGGCCAAUGGCUCAGGUCAGUUUUUAUUUCUCUGGCUGUUGCUUUUCUGAUCCUCUUACUAGUUGCUUGCUGUAUUGUCCCCCUGAUACGGUAUAUUGUCGAGCGAGUGACGCAUACAAGCAUAUUCAUAAGUGCAGCUACUGCGGAAACAAAGCACGGUGUAAACCGAAAGUUUAAAUUAAGUUUAUAGAAAUGC